AUGCUCAAUCAGAAACUUCACAUUUCUAGACAUGUGAUUCAUGAUGAGAGUCUCUUUCCCUUUAAGGUGUUAAAGUCGCCUCCAAUUUCUACUACAGUUGCUUCAUCUAAUCCAAGGCCAGUCAAUAUCUCAGUUACUUUGCCUCAUACAUCUUCCCAACAAUCUACCUCUUCUGCUCAGUCUUCUAUGGAACCUCAUUCAGAACUUCCAAUGUCCAAUAAUACUGAGUCCUUGGAGUUCUCAUCAGGUUCUAUAUUACCUGUUACUUCAACCAAUCAAUUGGAGGUAGUGUUACCUAUUUCACCUAACUCAAAUAUUCAUGAGUCAUCAGAUGCCUAUGUAAUGCCUCAUUCUACUAAUUGUCAUCCUAUGCAAACCAGACUCAAGUCGGGGGUUGUUCAGAAAAGACAAUUUCCAGAAUUCUCAUGCUUUGCAACUAUGCUUACUUCUGUCAUAGAACCUGAGGCUCCAACUUAUUUUAAGGCAGCAGCAGCUCAACCAGAAUGGCAACAGGCUGUGGCAGAGGAAAUCCAAGCUCUUCAAUUACAAGGUACAUGGAAUCUUGUUCCUCCUCCUCCUGACAAGAAUAUUGUAGGAUGUAGGUGGAUAUAUAAAAUAAAAAGAAAUUCAUAUGGAACAAUUUCUCGAUACAAAGCUAGGCUGGUCGCUCAAGGAUUCAGUCAAGAGCAUAGUUUGGAUUAUGACGAAACAUUUAGUCUUGUAGUGAGACACACCACAGUCAGAUUAGUACUCAGUUUAGCUGCUAUGUUUAAAUGGGAUUUACGGCAAUUGGAUGUAAAAAAUGCUUUCCUUCAUGGGGAAUUACAAGAAGAGGCACCGCGUGCAUGGAAUGCCAAGUUUAAAGGUUAUCUGCCUUCUUUGGGGUCUCAAUCAUCUCACUCAGAUCCUAAUACACAAGUGGUACAAUCUGUUAUUGAUUCUUUUGGGGAGGUAUUUGAUAUGAAAGACAUAGGUCGUCUUACCUAUUUUCUGGGAUUGGAGGUUCAUUAUCAGGACAAUGGUGAUAUUUUUGUCAAUCAAGCUAAGUAUGCUCGAGAUUUGUUUAAGAAGGCAGGCAUGGACACUUGUAAACCAUGUUUGACUCCAAUUAAACCUCAUCAGUCUGUGUUGAAAGAUGAAGGUACACUUCUUUCUGAUCCAACAUUGUAUCGAAGUCUUGUUGGAGCAUUACAAUAUUUGACCUUUACACGACCAGAUAUUUCCUUUGCAGUAAACACAGUGUGUCAGUUCAUGAAUGCUCCCACUGAUACACAUUUUGCUUUGGUCAAACGUAUCUUGCGAUAUCUGCAAGGUACUCUCCAGUAUGGGAUCACAUUCUCUCCUAGCUCUAUGCUUUUAUCUGGCUAUUGUGACUCUGAUUGGGCAGGUGAUCCUAACACCAGACGUUCUACCACAAGUUAUGUUGUAUUUCUUGGUGAUAAUCCAAUCUCAUGGUCAUCGAAGAAACAAGCUGCAGUCUCUCGUAGUUCCACUGAAGCCGAAUACCGUGCUCUAGCCAAUUGUGCAGCAGACAUUGCUUGGAUUAGACAGAUAAUGUGUGAUUUGCAUAUGACACUGCCAGAGGCACCUAUUAUUCAUAGUGAUAAUAUGUUAGCAUUGGCUCUUAGUGUCAAUCCAGUUUUUCACUCGUGUAUUAAACAUUUGGAGAUCGAUUAUCACUUUGUUAGAGAAAGAAUUCAAUGUCGAGAUUUGGUUGUGCAAUAUAUUCCCACAGAUGGUCAGGUUGCAGAUAUUCUUAGCAAGGGCCUUCAUAGUCCAGUGUUCAUUCGACAUCGUUCCAAUCUCAGGCUAGGUAACAACCCAGCUGAGAUUGAGGGGGAAUGUUAG